AUGAACCGUGUGCACUGCGCGAACUCCCUUCUCGCGCAAACCCUGCAGCCGUUGCUUGACGGCCCGAGGUUCGCCGUUGUGUACUGUGGCAAUCAUCAAUACAAGGUGGCGGUGGGCGACGUCAUUGCGGUGCAACGGCUGCGUGCGGAGAUCGGCAGCCGCAUUGCACUCAAGAAGGUGCUGAUGGUUGGGGGUCAACGCUUCACUGCAGUGGGCCGGCCGCUGCUGGAGAAUGUGCGGGUGACAGCUGACGUAGAGGAGCAGAAGAGGAUGCGCAACGUUGUGUCGUUCUUCGCCACGCCGGGACGACGGCGUGUGCGUUGGGUCGACGCGCCACACGCCGCAACGAUUCUGCGCAUCCGCGAGAUUCACUAUGCGCCGCAGGUGGUGGGAGAGUUGGACAAGUAUGCUGGUGUGGUGCGCGACGACUUUACGCCGCAGCAGCACACAAACGCAGUGUACGCUAUGGAUGAUGGCUAUGACGUGUUUAGGAAGAAAGACAAGGAGGCGGUGGAGAACGCCAGCGCGUUUCUGGACCUGAUGGCAUGA